AUGAGUCACUAUGAACAAGAUCGGAGCGCGCUUAAGAGGAAGGAAUGGGAGCGGAGAAAUCAAGAAGUCCAGCAGGAUGAGGACCUCUUUGCAUCUGGCUUUAAUCUCUUUGGAGAACCAUACAAGACCAGCAAAGGCGAUGCUCUUGCCAACCGUGUGCAGAACACGCUGGGGAACUAUGAUGAGAUGAAGGACCUGCUCACCAACCAUUCCAACCAGAGCCACCUUGUCGGCAUCCCAAAGAAUCCUGUGCCACAAACCCCAGUAGACAAAAAUGAGCCGAAUUUUUUCCCCGAGCAAAGGAACCGGAUGGUCGCAUCCCACCAGAUGGGUGGGAACGCCUCAACGGCUAUGCCUCCCCCAUCUUCCCUCUCAUCCAAUGCAAGUUUGCUGAAUGGCCACCAGAGCAGCAGGAAAAACAGGACGGACUGGUCCCGUAGCAACCACAGCUCUGGUGGUGGCCAGUCGAACCAAGCCAGUAGCCAGCCCAAUCGGACCAAACAUGGCUCUUCUCAUGAGCCACCCCAAGGCAGAUAUGAGGACCUCUACCCCUGCCAGAACGAGCCCCAGAAAACUGGAGGAGGGGAGGAAGUCAACACCCCACCUUCAUCUUCACAUUCAAGGAGGCACAAUCACUCCAAAUCCACAACGGCCGAGCACUCCUACAAAGAGACCACCCACUCAAAGUCUCCGGUGGAUCUUGAGUUUCUGAGCCAUGGGUCCCCGCUUCCUUCUACGUCUUUGCUAUCCGCUGCCAACAAUCUUUCCAACCAGAACUUUCCUCCUGGGCUCCACUGUAAAAGCAGUAUGACCCAGCAGAAGCCCACCGCGUACGUUAGACCCAUGGAUGGCCAGGACCAGGUCCCGAAUGAUUCCCCAGAACUAAAACCAUCCAUAGAAACUGAAGGGGUCUAUGGAAACCAAUCCUUUGGAAGUCUACUGGAAGGGAAAAGCACCGGAUCCAGCUCUAAGAAUAAACUACCAAAGCUUACCAUUCCUCAAAUGAGUGAAGUUAGCCUUCCCAAUGAUUCCAGCUGUGUGGAGGAGAUAUUACGGGAUUGCCAGCAUCUGACCUCAGGAUACCCUGCGCAAAAGUGGAAUGAGCCCACCAAUAAAGUUGCAACCAAAUCUGUGCCACAGAAAUCAAUGCUUGAAGAUGACCUGAAACUUAGCAGUGAUGAAGACGAUAAUGAACAGCAGGCGGAACAUAAAGGUUUCCGUUUAGGAUAUUUGGAAGAUGCCAAGUCCAUUAGGCUCACCCCCAAAAAAUUGCACACAGGAGAAAAACUCUGCCAUCCAAUCCUUAACCCCAUUGUCUACAAAUUUCAUGGCCUUCCAUUGCCAACAGCACACAACGCUGUCCUCAUACAUUCCAGUGGAGGGUCUGGAAGCUCCAGUGAAUCUGAAAGUAGUUCUGAAUCUGAUUCUGACAGUGAAACCAGCUCCAGCGACAGCGAAUGCAAUGAAGAAUCACGCAGCGGCACUCCGGAGCCUGAACCCCCCUCAGCUAACAAAUGGCAGCUGGACAAAUGGUUAAACAAAGUCAACCCUCACAACAAGACGAUCAUCAACAACCAACAUGACAGUCACGGGGAGAACAGCGCUGCGUCCCAGAGCAGUGCCCAGGUGGAGGGACAAAACAAAGGGAAGGUGAACAACAGCUUGUCCCUGACCGAUUCCAAAGACAGGACCUUGCGCAGCCCCAUCCGAGAGAAAGCCAAACCCCGGGUGGCCCAGAAAACCCCGGCCGACGUGAAGAAUUCCAAGCAGAAAUCCCCCGUUCACAACGAGCCGGCCCCCCAAAGGAUGACCGGGAAGAAGCAACCCAAAAAAGUCGAAAGAACUUCCAGUGCAGAAGAUUACAACUGGCCCAAACCAAAUAUGACCACCAGCAGCACCCCCAAAGAAAAGGAGGCGCAAGAGAGCCCAGAGCAGGCCAAACUGAGGGCAAAGAUGGCUGCUGGGAAGACCGCUCCGAGGAAGGAGCCCAGGGCCACCGCAGGCCCGCCUUUGGAGAAGAAAAAGUACCGAGGCCCUAGCAAAAUCUUUCCCAAGUCGCGGGAGUUUGUGGAAACGGAUUCAUCCACCUCGGAUUCGAACACCGACCACGAGGAGAGCCUGCAAGCCAAGAGCUUGCAGGGAGGGAGCGGCUCGGACAGCGGGAUCAAAGCCAAGGACUCCAGCAGCAACAUCCUGAGUGUCAGCAGCUUGAUGAGCAACAACAGCAACACUUCGGUGGACCAGAAUGGGGCGGACCUGGAGGAACCCCUUUUUUCACCUCUUCCCAUCGUUCAGAAUGAACCCUUGUCGCCCUUGAAGGAAUUCGAAGAGCUCAAGUACCUUUGGGUGAAAAUAGAUCUGAGUUUCCUCUCUCGGGUGCCUGGGCAAGAGCUGGACUUUGAGAACAUCUCUGGGAAGGUGGAAGCUCGAGAGGUCAACCUCAAGCAUCGGCGACAGGCGCCCGACUCUCCUUUGCCCCCGGCUGAAAAACCGUCCGCUAAAACCAAAAGGAAGCACAAAUCCGAAAACGUGGAGAUGUUUGGCGACAACAAGAAACAACGCUUAGAAGAAUCUUCGGCUUCUUGCUUGCUUCCACCCUGCAUUUCUCCGAUACCCAACCAUAGGAUAACCAACACAAAAGAAAGCAACUCCAUGAAAAGAAUGACCAAAAAGAGGGAAGAAAAGCUCUUCCCACCUCCGCUGUCUCCUCUGCUUGACGAGACAGCCCCCCGGCACAACAUCAUGGACAACAGCUCCUUCGGCCAAGAGAACUCCCUACCAAGCUUCUUGCAGACCAACAUCUGCUCCAAACACAGGAAGAAUGAGAACAAGUCUUCCGUCAACUCCAAGGGAAUCAGUGAGGAAGAAUCUCACAGCAGGCCUUCCAAUCCUUUGCUGGAAUCCAGCCACCUAGACACCGAUCUUUGGUUGACAAGUCCCACCUUCAGCAACGGGAAUCCUGAAUUGAGAAGACCCAAGAUAACAUUUGAUGAUAUGCUCCACAAUGCUGAUUAUUACAUGCAAGAAGCCAAAAAGCUCAAGCAUAAAGCAGACGCCCUGCUGGAAAAAUUCGGCAAAGCGGUGAAUUAUGCUGACGCCGCUAUCUCUUUCAUCGAAUGCGGGAAUGCCAUGGAGCGCGAUCCAUUAGAGGCAAAAUCUCCGUAUACCAUGUACUCCGAGACGGUGGAACUGAUCAGGUACGCCAUGAGACUUAAGAACUUCACCGGAUCUUCUGCUACAGAAGGAGACAAGAAACUUGCAGUCCUUUGCUACCGCUGCUUAUCCCUUCUCUAUCUGAGAAUGUUUAAACUAAAGAAGGAUCACGCCAUGAAGUACUCCAGAUCCUUGAUGGAAUAUUUUAAGAAUUCAUCCAAAGUUUCACAGGCCCCUUCUCCUUGGGGAGGCAAGAGCACAGAAACGCCCUCCCCCAUGUCUCUGAGCCCCUCGCCCAUCAGCAACCUUGGAAGUACCACAAGCACGGCAGGCUCCUCUUCGGUGGGGACCGUCAGCAUCCCACAACGGAUCCACCACAUGGCUGCCAGCCACGUCAACAUCACCAACAACGUCUUGCGGAGCUAUGAACAUUGGGACAUGGCCGACAAACUGACAAAAGAAAACAAAGAGUUCUUCAUAGACUUGGACUUGGUGAUGGGUCCGUUGACACAACACAGCAGUAUGACCAACCUGGUCCGUUACAUUCGUCAAGGACUCCAUUGGCUUCGCACUGAAGCCCACUUGUUGUAGUGAUGGCCAUGCCACCUGUCACAACUCCAUCCCGUUUCCUUCAUCGGCGCACAGGUGAUCACCGAUGGACGGCCACACUUCCUCCUGUAAUUGUAUUCAUAGAGUUUAAUUUUGUUGCUGUCUCUCUUUCUGUCUUAUACAAAACACAAACUAUUCUAUCC